AUGUUAAACACAGAAUCAUUCUCACACACAUUUGAAUACGAAUGCGAAGAGGAUAUUAUAGAAACACUUGCCAUCGUCUUUUCAGGUGUACCAUUAGAGGAUUACCGAUACUGGAGAGAAACAUACGCUCUUUUUAAUGAACAAGAACAAACCAUAAUUCGGUCAUCAACAACUUGA